UUUUUUUCGUUUUUAUAAAUAUAUGAAUUUGUUUUACGAUUACAAUGCCUUAAAUUGUUUGAUUACACUUAUUUUAUUAUGAAUGUUUGUUUAAAGUCAGUUAAAAAUUAAAUUCGUUCAAUAUCGCAGCUCAACAUCGCAUAAACGCAAUAGUAAACUAAUAGCUCAUAAUAUGAGAAAAGAUAAAAUAUCAAUGUCUAUAUUUGCCGAGGACAUACUUAGGAACUAUGGGUUGUUUAUGCAGGAACACGAUGUAACUUUAAAAGAGUUAACAAAGCAAACACCUGCAUUCUCCGAACCCAAAAAUAACUCACUGAUUUCCAUGAAAUCCGUGAUAGAGCUUAACUAUGUUUUGAAAAAUUGCGUUGUGUCAGAGAGGUUUUUGGAGGAAUCACAGUUGGUCGCAAAUAAACCGUUGACUACAUUAGCCAAUUUGUGCAACCAGUGCCGGGAUUUAAAUGAGACAGCGAAGCAGUUGCAGCUGACAUUUUUACUCAGUGACUUCAGGCUGAAAGAUCAGCGACAGCAUUUAGGAUACGGCAUAGCUGGAUUGGAGCAGACUCUGUUUGGUAUAAGCACCUCCAUUGAUUUUUUUUGUCAGGUAAACUUUACAUUAAACCGUAUAAAUGCGACUGUUCAGAACCUGUGGACUCAAAUUGGCGCCGUCUGCGUUCUGGUGGAGAUCAAUGAAAUACAUAUAUUUACCCUUUUUGAUUAUAUGAUUGGACUACUUGAAUCCGUAGUAAUAUUUAAUGAAAUAGUGGAGCAUUCAGACAUAGCGUCACUAUGGAUUUUAUACAAAAAAUGGUUAACUACGUUUACCAAUAAUAAAGAUAUAUUGGACCACUGUACUUCUUUGGAACUUCUAGGCCUUAGUAAAGCUCUUAGUGACAUUGAGUCUGUAAUUGGUGGAAAUCAUUUUCGUACUCUUAUAGCUCAUCUGAUCAAACUGAAGAAACAAACAUGCCUAAAAGAUGUGAAUCAGAUUACUCAACAUUCCAAUGCCUACAUUCGUAGGAAGCUGGUUGCUAUUGAUGAAAAUCAGGAUUCCGACUACCAAAACAUUGAAGACCCUAAAUUAAUCAUUCAAAUCACCGCAUUUGUCACAACGCUCCACGAGAUGGGAAUCCAAAUAGAGACCAAGUCAGUCAAGGCUGUAAACGACCUCGUGACCAAGCACCAGUUUCUACCAAUAUGUGGGACGAUUUGCUGGUCUCCCCAUAAAUUUUUUUUGCACAAUUCCAAAACGUUGUUUAAAUCGCCAGCCAAGCCUCAAAUUAUAAACAGCCACGGCACAAAAUUCCAACCAUCAAUUAUUGAAAAAGUAAAACUAAACGACUUAAAAACCUGUCGGCAAUUAGGCAAUCAGAUUGCUCUUUGGUCAUUCAGCCUUAAAAGAGUAAUUGACUGUGGAGUUUUUGGGCACUUGAAGAUGUUUUCAAAUCUUAUCCUAAGUGGUCAUUCGUAUGCCAACGAAAUAUUUGUUUUAACGAACUCAUUGAUUAACCGUCACAUCGCGCUCAAGUCCCCAUUAGUAAAGGCUGAUCUCCUUCUUCUAUGCCGUCUGCUCCAAUAUCUUAUGAUAAUACAGGACAUCUUUGAGAAGAACCAAAUAAAUUUCAAUCGUUUCUUAGAUUCACUGAUUCAAUGGAAAAAGCAGAAGGUUCUGUACCUUCUACAGACUACAAAGAAAAAGAUUGUUGACAUAAAGUUAGUUCAGCAAAAAGCAAACCUUCUCUCAACAUUAAAGUUGACUGAAAAGAUAUUUGUAGGCUUUCCAAGUAUAAAGCGGAUGACUUUUCUUAAUUUGGCUCUGGCCGAGUUCUCUGACAAGGACCGAUUGCAACUUGGAAAUAAAAAUAAUUAUUUCAGUUCCAUUUUGUUUCGAUCAAACAAUAUGUGCCGUUUUAAGCAAGAUAACAGAACGAAAUUGGACUCAUCAAUUCUGAUUUAUAACUUAUGGCUUCGUAACACGUCCAUUUUCAAAGAUUAUGUUGAGUUGAAACGGAAUUCUCACUCCAUGCAGAAUAUAAUGGAGAUAAAUCAACAACUGCAAAAGAGCCUUCGAAUUUUUAACAGCUGUGAGAAUAACAAACAUCCGCCCAACUACCUGAUAAUCGAGUUUCUCAAAGUAAAUUUUGAGUUUUUUCUUCGGGUGGAAGCUCUCUCGCAUUUAUUUCAAAAUCAAGAUGAGCCUUUCCAAAAAAAUACCUUAGAUUAUCGUCACUGCAUAAAUGCAAUCGCUUCUGAAUGUUUCGGGAGUUACGACAUAGUUCGAGAUAACCUUGAGAACUAUUUAACUGAGACCUUUUACAAUCUGACGACAAUUGCACCUCACGACUGGAAAUCAUACGAAAAGAUGCGUUACUUUGCAAACAAGGUGUUACUUCUAAGUCCCAUUAAUGAUCAUCUUCCCAACCAGAUCAUAGACCAAGGUAUAGAUGUGCUGCAAAUUAUGCGAAAUAUAAACACAUUUGCCUCCUCGUUUUCUUAUAACAUGAAUCUACAGCUUUUUGUAGAAAUACAAAGCAAUGGAAAGCACCUGGACAUCAUAAGCACUCGGCAUGUUGCGAACUCGGUUCAGACACACGGCACUGGUAUCAUCAACACCACUGUAAAUUUUAUAUACCAGUUCCUGCGACAAAAGUUCUACACCUUUUCCACUUUCUUGCAUGAUGAGCAGAUCAAAUCGCGGUUGUUAAAAGAACUACGUUUUCACCUUGCAAAGAAGCAUGAUAGAAAACACGAAUCCUAUCCAUAUGAAAGGGCUGAGAACUUUCUUAAAAAGAUUAAAAAACUUGGUGUUUCCAUCAACGGAGAAACUUACAUGGACCUAUUUCGAAAAGUUAUUACACAAGUCGGCAAUGCUGUGGGAUACGUGCGCCUGCUGCAGGCCGGAAGCAAAAAUGCUAAUUACAGAAGCCGAUCUUAUAUGUCAAAAUUUGAAAAUAUUUUGAAUUCCGUGGACUCUCGACGAAUGCACAAGGUGACUGAAAAUUCAAUCGGCGAAUAUGAGAAAGGCGUGGGUCAUAUGAAGGAGUGCUACUCUGACAGCACAAACUAUUUCAAGCUGCUGCUGUUGGGAUUUAAGCCGUUCCUGUGCAACCCGAACAAUCAUCACUUAAAAACCUUUUACCUCAUAACACCGGCAGUGAUAACGAACUAUAUAGACUACAGGGUCAAAGAGAAAUUAAAGGUGCAUAAAAAGGACCAAACUAAUUUCUCCGUGUUUGAAGAUGGAUUUGCAAUCGGUUUGAUCUAUAUAUUAUGCAUGCUAAACCAGCUUGGCGAUUUUCAUGAGCUAGGUUGGAGCCAAAGCACUGCUAAGCAACUAAAUGCGGAGCGCUCCAAAGUGACCGGUAUAGUGAAAAGGCAAAAAGAAACAUCAGAGCAAGUCGACGAAAAGCUGCUCCAAACCGUGGCGAUAACUGAGCGGCACGUUAAUGCUUAUGAGCAUGAGUACAACCUCCUUUACGCCACCCUCAGUAGUGCUGAAAUAUUCUUCCAAUAAAAAAUUAUGGAUCAAUA